CUUAUAAUUAUAAUUCGUUCUCAUUUGACCUUAUUGCAGUAAUGAAAUAUAAUAUAUUCCUGAAGAAAAUGUGUUAAAACAUCUUUAAGGAGGCAAUCUUAAUAAUAAUUAUGAUAUUUACAUUUUUAUAAGAAAAUUUGGUAUAAAUAGCGGAGUAUGACAAGAACGGUUCACAUUCCCCCUUUCAGCCUCCGAACAAAGAGUUACCAACAUGAUUUUCUUCACGAUACUCAUCGCUUGCUCACUUUUAAUAAACGAUGCUGCUCAACUGGAAUCCUACAAACCCGACUAUGAUAACUUGGAUUGUGAAAUUAUGUGUAAGUGUCCGCAAGGACCACCCGGAUCUGGCCAGGGCAACGUAAUAUUUGACGGUGGCAUGCUUUCGAAGUCAAAACCAAAAAACACUAAUAUCGGAUUUCUAAAACGAAUCGAUGAAGCCCCUUCGCAGGAAUUAGAGAAAUUAUAUGUAGAAUAUCUGGCGGAGACUGGCAAGUGGACUGAAAAUUGAUGAACAUCGAGCAGUAGUGGACUGAGCUUAGUUCUACUCCAACGAUAUUUGACGAAAGAAGCCAAACAUUGCAAAUUGACGCGUAUUGUAUUGUAACAUAGCUAUAAGUCUUAUAAUCAGUUGAAUUACUC